GGCAUCAGUUACUUUCAUCGUAAAUUUGAACAAAUAAAUGAUAUUUUUUAUUUUAAUAACGCUGUACAUGAUCUGUGUCUGUCUUCACGUUGAUCCAAAUGAUGGCCCCGCCUGUGAAGGGCGCAGUAAAUGGUUCAGUCAUCCUUCAGCUCCACAGACACUGGGUCGCAGCAUUGCUUCAUGAAGCCGCUCUGAAUCCUGAGUUUUCUGUCCCAAAUAUGGACCGGGAAUGUCCAGGAUGACGUCAUGCGUCGGCUCGGUUUGUAACCACAUUUUAUUUAACUACACCUCCGGUCUGAAGUCAUGCUGGUAGGCACUGGACAGGAAGAGAGUUGGAAAAAGAAACAGGACGCCCUCCCUCGCCUCUCUUCUUCCUCCUCCUCCUCUUCUUCCUCCUCCUCCUCCUGCUCUCUUCGCGGAUAACGGUGUCCAAGAAGUUAUUCAGGACCGAGGGAGACAAAAGCGUCCAGUCCGCCUGUCCAGCGUCGAUCCACGGCCAUCAUUCAUAAAUGUUCCGCCUUUAGAGCGAAAAGCAGCCGGCUGUGAUCAGAUCAUGGAGGAUUUGGGAGUGUCUGAGCCGCCUAACUACCCUCUCAGUCCUCGUAUUGUUGUGUUUGAUGCCCUUCUUGCAGACUUGGAGAACACCAGCUCUCCUCUUCCUCGGUGUCCCGUCUUGCUCACCUCUGACCCUCCUCAGAAUCCCGAUGCCAACUCUCAUGACCCAGCCCAGGCUCGACCGCCGCCGCCUGCCUACACGCCACAGCAGACUGUUUCUGCUGCGAUGAAAUCUUCAACCAACUCUAACCCAGACAAAUUAUACAGCACCGUGUGUAAACCGCGUUCUCCUCGCUCAGCAGAUCCUCCGCCUGCCUUCUCUUCCUCCUCACUUCUGGGUGGAGGUCUGAAUGAGCUGGAUCAUCUACUACAGGAGCUCAACGCCACCCAGUUUAACAUCACAGAUGAGAUCCUGGCCCAGUUUCCUUCUUCUAAGAAAGAUGAGAGUGACAAGAUCAAGGAUAAGGCCUCAACCUCUUCCUCCAGUUCUUCCAAACCUUCAGCAACAUCAGCCACCAUGGAGCUGGACAAACUGAUGGCUUCACUGUCUGACUUCAGAGUCCAGACUACACCAGCUGCACCUGUCAGCCCAGUGGUCACUGUACAGCAGCAGCCUGCCACCCCGCCGCAGCAGCCCGCAGCUCCACCUCAGCCCUCAUCUGAAGGCUCAUUGGACAGCAUGCUAGGACUCCUCCAAUCAGACCUGAGCCGACAAGGUGUUCAGACAUCCUCCAAAGGAAACUGUUCAGCCUGUCAAAAACCAGUUGUAGGACAGGUGGUGACGGCUCUGGGGAAGGUGUGGCACCCGGAGCACUUUGUGUGCACAAAGUGUGAGACUGAGCUGGGCAGUCGCAACUUCUUUGAGAAGGACGGCCAGCCGUACUGCGAGUCGGACUACUUCACGCUCUUCUCCCCCCACUGCGCUCACUGCAGCAAACCCAUACUGAACAAAAUGGUGACUGCUCUGGACAAGAACUGGCACCCGGAGUGUUUCUGUUGCGUCAAGUGCAGCCACUCAUUUGGGGAUGAAGGUUUUCAUGACCGUGAUGGCCAGCAGUACUGUCAGCAGUGCUUCCUGACCCUGUUUGCCUCCCACUGUCAUGGCUGCAGCCAGCCUAUUCUGGAAAACUACAUCUCAGCUCUGAACUCUCUCUGGCAUCCACAGUGCUUCGUAUGUCGGGAGUGCUACAGCCCCUUCAUCAACGGCAGCUUCUUCGAGCACGAAGGCAAGCCGCUAUGCGAGGCCCACUACCACCAGUCCCGCGGCAGCAUGUGUCAGGCCUGCCAGCAGCCUAUCCUGGGCCGCUGCGUCACUGCCAUGGGGGCCAAGUUCCACCCCCACCAUCUGGUGUGCCACUUCUGCCUGAAGCCGCUGAGCAAAGGCUGCUUCAAGGAGCAGGAGAGCAAACCCUACUGCCACCCCUGCUUCAUCAAGCUCUUUGGUUAAAGACACGGCUCCACAGCUCGGCUCUCAUCCUCUGAAUCCCAGAAUACAAAAAGCCACGUGAUGCUUCUAUUGCAGUAUAUCUUGCUUAUUCAGUAUGGGAGUAAGGAUGGAGCAAGGCUCUUUGAGGAAUCACCCAACACAGCACAUAUUUGUUUAUUAAAAUGCAGCUGUUUUGUCAAAGGAAGUAAAGAAACAGAUUAGAAAUGUAUUGUUUCAGCUCAAGAGAUUUAAUGUUAUGAAAGUAAACUUCUUAUAAUAUAUUAGCUUUUUAUUGCAACAAGUACACAUUUCACUGCAUUUGCAUUUAUAUGUUGUUUGCUGAAGUAUGUUAAUGUAAACUACCUUAUGUUUAAAGUCAGGUAUCAUUCACUUACAAUUACUUUGGCAGAAUGCCAAAAAUAAAAAUAAUGUUUUUAUGA